UUUUGCCCUUUUGUAUCCAAAUCAAACUUAUUAUCAUUAUUAUCCUAAACAUGGCCACUAUCUUUGGUUCCUCAUCAAUUUUCUUACUCCCCAAUACCAGAACCAGUCAUCACAUCACUUCUUCAUCAGCAACUCCUCCACCACAACAACCGCAACCCUCAGGUCCAUCAUCUCCACAGUCAACAACAAAUUUGAAUGAAGAUCAGUCAGUGCAAGUCUCUGCCAAAGCACAGCAACAGAUUCCUAUUAAACCAGUUGUUUCAUCAACUAAGGUUGAUUCCACAGACUGGAUUGCCACUUCCUUGACCAGACGGUUUGGCCUUGGAGCUGGUCUUGCAUGGGUUGGUUUUCUUGCAUUUGGUGUUGUCUCGGAACAAAUUAAAACUCGCCUUGAGGUUUCGCAGCAAGAGUCUAACACAAGGAAUGUUGAGGAGGAGAAAGAGGUGAUUCUGCCAAAUGGCAUAAGGUACUAUGAAUUGAAAAUUGGUGGUGGUGAUAUGCCAAGGCGAGGUGAUUUGGUUGUGAUUGAUAUAAUGGGAAAGGUAGAAAGCACAGGAGAAGUGUUUGUGAACACAUUUGAAGGAGACAAGAAAGCAUUGGCUCUAGUUAUGGGGUCAAGGCCAUAUAGUAAGGGUGUGUGUGAAGGGAUUGAAUAUGUAAUAAAAAGUAUGAAGGCAGGAGGGAAGAGGAAAGUUAUUGUGCCUCCUGAAUUGGGAUUUAGAGAGAAUGGUGCUGAUUUAGGGUCUGGUGUGGAAAUUCCUCCACUUGCAACACUUGAAUACGUUGUACAGGUUGAUAAAGUGUCCAUUGCACCUGCUUGAUGAUUUUGAUUAAAUGUAAGCAUGCACACUAGAGUGCUUUGGAUUUAUCAUAUAAUAAUAAUAAAAUACUCAUUUCUUAUUUA